GCUUUUGCAAUUCAAUUAGUGUGGGCCAAUGAAUCAACUGAAAAGCCAUAAACAGUGGGAAUAUCAACGCUGACACAAAGUAACACCAGAGCGGGUUCUCUUAACACAACUGUAUCGAUGUUUCUACCAAUCAAACAUUGUAUCCACCAACAAAGUGAUGUCAUUUGUCCCCGCACUCAAUCCGCGUGCCAACGUUUUUCCCGCGCCAGAUGUUCAACUGGUGACUUUACUCCAAGUUUAGCUAUUUCAGACGAAGCUAAACUAGCUUUCAUGACUAUAUUUACACAUAUUUCAAAACGUUUGAAACCAAAAUUUUGAAGCAAAAGAAGGAUUUUUACUUGGAUAGCCUAUUCUGUUUGAAAAUAGGUCAGUAAAAUUGAUUUCACACCUGGCACUAGAUUGUUAACAGUGGUUAGCUGCUAGCUAGCUAACGGUAGCAAGCAUAUACAGUAGGCUAAAGUUGUCAUUUGAACCAGUUCUUUGGCACAUUUAUUUUCUUUAUUGACAACUAGCAAGAAAUGGCAAUGCACAAGGGACAUGCUCAGAAAGGCAAAGCAAAAGGCACUAUAACCAACUCAGGCAAACCCUAUAUGGAGGACUUCAAUGAGAGUUUCAACAAUGAAAACCUGCCAGUAGUUGAGGCAGAGGCUUUGAGAGGAAGGAAACAGAUGAUGAUAUUGACAUCAAAGGAGGGGAUAUGAUGACCAUGUUGGACAGAUUUGGAGCGGACAUCAACAAAGCCUUCCUGGCAAAACGCAAACGUUUGGAAACGUUCACUAAGUCCUCUGUGAAGACUAGCCAUCAGAAGAUUGAGCAGUUAUGGAGGGUCCAACAAAGAGACAGGAGUAAAGUGACAGUGGAUUACUGCACCCAGUUCAAUGCAGUCUUCAGUCAGUGGGACACAGAUGUGCAGAAGUCCGAGGAUAAUGAGGAGAAACUACUGAGUAUGUUCCAGCACCAGCAGAAGAUGUUUAAGCACAAGAGGGCCUCCCAGAGCCAGAGACUGAAGACUCUCAAGCAGCUGCUGGAGCAGUACAUCCAAGUAUACAUCCAAGUAUAUUAUCUCAUAGUAUUCUUUAACAUGGUGAUUUUAAAUCUAUGUCUCAGUUGGUUUUCUCAUGCCACCUUGUUUUGCUGGGCUGGAGCCUUGAUACGAUGGAGAAGACCCAUGUCAGCCAGCAGGGUGCUGCACAGGGCGAGCUGCACCAGGAGAUGGCACUGUUUCAGAAAAAGAUUCUCAGUGACACACAACAGCAAGAGAUGGCUACAGUGCGCAAGUCUCUGCAGAAUGCAGGGAGCUGAGAAGAAUCAACUCCAUCGAAAUGCUUGUUGUGUGUACAUAUCUCUAAGCUGGGUUGCCUGUUCUACUUUAGUUUAUGGAUGUGUUUCAGAUAUAACUUUACAAUUUCCAGAUAAGUGUUAAACAUCUCAGGAACCACAUAUACCUGAUCCAGUAAUCUGCAAAUAACUUUUGAAAUCUUGUGUGUUGUGUACAUGUAACAUUGCAUUUCUGUUGUGAACUGCUUCAUUCAAAAGAUCAACAUUGUGUCAGCUGAGGGUUCCAGACUGAAAGUGUUGAAGUCAAAGAGGGAUGUCAUUCACUUAAAUUCUUAUUUCGGUCUUCAUAUUUUGGAGUUCUGGUUUCAUAUGUUUAAUCUACUUAAUUGAUCCCUGAUCGAGAGGGGGGUUAUGGAGAACAUAAGACUUCUCGUUACUAAAAUGUUGUCAGGAAUUAAGACCAUCUGUUAUUGUAAAUAUACACUGAGUGUACAAAACAUUAGGGACACCUUCCUAAUAUUUAGUUGCACUCCCUUUUGCCCUCAGAACAGCCUCAAUUCGUCAGGGAAUGGACUCUACAAGGUGUUGAAAGU